UCCCUGGUCAGCCGCCCCAGCGCGAUUCUCUCGCUCAAAACCCCUCGCACUUCCCCUUUCGGCAUGGCAUCGAGCGAGGCGCCGGCGGCCGCCAUGGAGGUCGAGGGAAGCGGCCCUCCGGCUCCUCCGCGCCCUCAGUUUGAAGCUUUGAAGCCCCACGAGAUGUCGGAUGGGUUGGUCCAGUUCCGGAAGGUGCCGGUCCCGCCCCACCGCUACGCGCCUUUGAAAAGGAACUGGAUGGAGAUCUACACCCCCGUCUACGAGCAGAUGAAGAUCGAUAUAAGGAUGAACCUCAAGGCUCGGAGAGUGGAACUUAAGACGCGAUCAGACACACCAGACGUGAGUAAUCUGCAGAAAUGUGCUGACUUCAUCCAUGCAUUCAUGCUUGGAUUUGAUGUUGCUGAUGCCAUUGCCUUGCUGCGUCUGGAUGAUCUCUACGUUGAUUCUUUUGAGAUCAAGGAUGUGAAGACACUUCGUGGGGAGCACCUUUCACGAGCUAUUGGUAGGCUUUCUGGAAAAGGAGGCAAGACAAAGUUUGCCAUUGAAAAUUCUACGAGGACUCGGAUUGUCAUUGCGGAUACUAAGAUCCACAUCUUGGGAUCUUUCUUGAACAUUAAGGUUGCGAGAGAUUCACUUUCUAGUCUAAUUUUAGGUUCACCUGCUGGUAAAGUCUACUCCAAACUUAGGGCUGUCACUGCUAGAUUGGCAGAAAAGUAUUGACACUCAAUUUAUAUAUCCGCGUGCUAUGUUUAUCUUGAUGUGAUAGAGGUUUUUCUAUGACUGAGUUCUGGAUUUCUUUAUAUCAAAUUGGUUUUAAUGAUUGAUUUAAGCCAAAGGUAUACAA